UAAUCUUUGUUUGCCACCAUCCAAGAUUAUUUCGAUUGUCGUCUGAUAAAAAAAUUCGAGAGGAACAUUUAUAAAUUUGUUGUUCAGUAAUCGCUAGCCAACAAUAAUACGAAGUUGUGAGAUAAGUCAGUGCCAAGAAACGGCCCUAAAACAGUAUGUGUUCAACUCCAAUAUGAAUUUCAUAACUUUGGCCUCAAGUUCAGAAUUGUCAUUGUAAAUGUUUACGUGUCUUAUUAGACCGGUAUAAUUAAUAUAUAUAUUUGUAACGAUGAACAGAGGCAAGAACAGUAAUUCUAAAAUGGCAAGAACCGAGACAACUGAAGAAACAAAUGGGUACAAGCUUCUCAACAGUGAAAGUAAGCCUCCAGAUAUUAAACAUGGAAAAGAGAAUUCCUGGGUGGCGGGGGUGCAGAUGUUUGUGUCUUUCUUGCUCGCCGGCUUCGGUAUGGUCGCUGCAAGUCUUGUGCUUGAUGUGGUGCAGCAUUGGAAGGUGUUUGAGCAAGUAUCUGAAGUGUAUAUACUAGUGCCUGCCCUCUUAGGGCUGAAAGGAAAUUUAGAAAUGACGUUGGCAUCGCGUUUGUCUACUCACGCCCAUUUAGGGCAUCUGGACACAGAGCUGAGUGCAUUAGUCGUAGGAAACUUGUGUUUGAUACAAUGUCAAGCUGUUCUGGUAGGAUUUUUGGCAGCCAUGGCUGCAAUAGCAAUGGGUUGGAUACCAGAUGGGCAGUUUGAUAUUCACCAUGCCUUACUACUUGCAGCGUCAAGUGUUCUCACUGCUUCAUUUGCCAGUUUUAUCCUAGGCCUCAUCAUGAUUGGUGUCAUAGUUAUUUCAAAGAAACUAAACAUUAACCCAGACAAUAUUGCCACUCCAAUUGCUGCUAGUCUAGGUGACCUGACAACCUUGGCACUGUUGUCAUGGAUUGCAUCGCUGCUGUACUCAAAUAUUGGCACAAGUGUUGUACUGCCAUCUAUUAUUAUCACUGCUGGCGCAAUUCUCGUGCCGGUCUGCGGUUACAUUGCCUGGGAUAAUAAAUUCACUAAACAAGCUUUAGAUGAAGGGUGGGUGCCCGUUGUCUCUGCGAUGGUUAUCAGCAGUAUUGGUGGUUUAAUUUUAGACUACACAGUAGUUAACUAUGAGGGUAUUGCAGUAUUUCAAUUAGUUAUUAAUGGUAUAGGUGGGAACAUGGUAGCAGUGCAUGCUUCUAGACUGUCGACUGUGUUACAUACAGGAGACAAGCCCGGGCCUCUUGUUGGCAAAACAACAAAAUUAUUACUCUUGAUGGUCAUACCAGGACAGUUGAUAUUUAUAUACACUAUAGGCUAUUUAAAAGCUGGGCACACAUCUAUGACCCCUAUAUUUAUCUUCAUUUACAUGUCCGCAGCCUUGCUGCAAGUUUUCCUCUUAUUAGCUAUUAGCCACCACAUGGUUAUAUGGAUGUGGACGAUGGGAAUGGAUCCUGACAAUUCCGCCAUACCAUAUCUGACAGCACUGGGAGAUCUGCUGGGCACAGCUUUGUUAGGUGUCGCUUUUCAUAUACUAUAUGCCAUAGGAGAUAAAGACAAAGAUUUGGGAGAUUAAUGUAUGUACUUGAGAUAUUUCAAGUGGUCUUUGUUCAGUUUCAGUUAUCAAUAUUACUGAGGCAUUUUGUUUUAUCUAGUGCCAUUCAUAACUAUAUCAUAGUCAUCUUUUUUGACUGAGCACAUAUCUCAAAUAUAUAUUUGUAUACAAUAUUAUAUACUAAGUGAUAAAUUUAAGUCGCUUUUAUUUGGCUACAAAAUAAGUAGUGCAAAAAAUGUUACAUUUUUACAUGCCUAUUCAUAACUAUUCAUUGUUUAAUUGUGUUCCAGUAUGUAAUAAAAAAAGUUAUUCUUACUGCAUAAUGAAAUCUAAUUAACAUUUUUAGAUAAUUAUAAAAAUAUUAAGAUAAACUUUGCAUAUUAACAAAGCAAUUGUUACUUAAGUUUUACUCAGUACUUAUGAAUUUGCCAGUAACUUUGUUUUGUGUAAUUGGGGAUAGAUUUAAACUAUUUAAAGGUCAAUAAGAUAGCUGUCUUUGGUCCUGUUUCCUAAUUGGAUUACUGGACUUGUGUCACCUAAUGGACAGAUUUUUAUACCUUUAUUUUGCUUACUCCAACCCCAUGCUUCAAUUACUUAAUUAAAUAUAUACUUAAAUUGUUUGUAAAAGUAUUGUUACUUAAUUUGCGUGUCAUUAAAAAUUUAUGUGAUUAUUAAGUCAAAAAUUGUGAUUGUUAUUCCUAUUUAUUAAUAUAUUAGGUAUUUUUAACAUAAGGUUACAAUUUGUUCGGACUAUAAGGAAAAUUAUAAAGUAAAUUGGUGCUACUGCCUGUUAUUAAAUAAGUUUACACUCUUCAAUGUGACUACAAUACAUGUCAUGUACUCUUUUGAAUUGCCAAAUUAUUUUUGUAUAAAGUAACUACUAUGACAACAAAAUACAUGUCACACAAAACUAUAUUUACAAUAUAUUUGAUAUCUAAAUAA